GUGCUGACGAAUGAUGACAUUUAAAAAUCACAAACAUGGCGUCACUGAGUAAAGCUGACUGGUAUAAUCCUCCUGCAUUUUGGCAAAAUGGACCGUCACCAGGUGGUUAUUACAAUUUUCCAUCAAUCAGCACAACUUCUAGAGGCGAUGGAUUCCAAAGAUUACAUACUCCCGUGACGACAGGAUCAUCUGUAGUUGGAAUUUGUUUCAAAGAUGGCAUUGCAAUUGCAGCCGAUGUUUUGGGUUCCUAUGGUUCUCUUGCUAGAUACAGAUCAUUAGAGCGAGUUAUGAAAGUCAAUGAUAAUAUUAUCCUUGGUGCUGGUGGCGAUUAUGCAGAUUUUCAAUAUCUUAAAAAUAUCGUUGAACAAAAAAUACUUGAAGAGCACUGCAUCGAUGAUGGUUUCACAUUGAAACCAAAAUCAUUACACUGUUGGUUAACACGUGUCAUGUAUAAUAGAAGAUCAAAAUUCGAUCCUCUUUGGAAUAAUUUUCUCAUUGGUGGAUUCGACGAUGGCAAACCAUUUUUAGGAACAGUCGAUCAUUUGGGAAUGGCAUUUUCUGAUCCAGUAAUUGCCACUGGAUAUGGUUCAUAUUUAGCGACUCCAAUGCUUCGUGCCGCUUACGAAAAGAACAAUGAAAUGAGCGAAGAAGAAGCCAUUCAACUUAUCAAUAAAGCGAUGCAAAUUCUAUUUUACAGAGAUGCUAGAUCUUUUCCAAAGUAUCAUUUGGGCAUUAUUACCAAGGAAAAAGGAAUUGAAAUUAGAGGGCCAUUGUCUCUUGAUAGCAAUUGGGAAGCCGCUGUUAUAUAAAUAUUUUUCUCAAAAUUAAUUUUAUGCUCCUUUUUUUUAUAAGUGAAAAUUAAUAAAGAAAGUUCUUACUAAA